GGGAUGAUGUAACCGCCUAUGUCCCGAUGCCAUUGGCGGAGAGGCGGGCCCGGCCAGCUGACCGAGGUCCAUUGGGCAGGCGGAGGUGUACUUCGCCGCUCCUAGCCUCGGUUGCUGCAAGCAGCCCCGUGCGCAAAAGUGGGCGCUGCUCCCCGCCGGGCUCGCCCCUGCCGGCCCGCGCAGGCUCCCCGGAAGGGCGAGCGGGGGCGAGGGAAGGUAGCCUGGUCCCUGCCCUCCUGAAGAUGGCUUUGCCCUGGAAGAAGAUGCCGCCUGCUUGGCUCCCGCUUCUCUUGCUGCUCUUCGGGGUGCCAAGCGGGAGCCCUUCGCAGCAAGAGCCCUGCCAGACAUGCCGCGACCUGGCCAGCAACUUCAAUAAGGGUCUGGAGCGGACACAGCGAGAGAACUUCGGGGGCGGGAACACAGCCUGGGAAGAAGAGAAGCUUGCAAAAUAUGCAAACAGCGAGACCCGCCUGCUGGAAGUCUUGGAGGGUGUGUGUGCCACAUCAGACUUUGCAUGCCACCAGCUGUUGGAGCAGGGAGAAGACCAUGUGGAGCAAUGGUGGUUCCAUGAGCAGCAGCAGCACCCCGACUUUUUCCAGUGGCUCUGCAUGGAUGCACUGAAACUCUGCUGCCCUCCCGGCACGUACGGCCCUGACUGCCACACCUGCCCUGGGGGUGCCCAGAAGCCUUGCAGCGGUUAUGGGCAGUGCGACGGUGACGGCACACGCAGGGGCACCGGCCUGUGCAUGUGCCAGACGGGUUACGGUGGCCCCUUCUGUUCCGAAUGUGGAGAUGGCUACUACGAAGCUUCUCGCAACGACAGCCACCUGGUAUGUGCGGAGUGCUACCGGGCCUGCGGACGCUGUUCAGGCCCCGAAGAUUCAAGCUGCCUUCGCUGCAAGAGGGGCUGGAUGCUCCACGACCGAAGGUGCAUCGACAUAGAUGAAUGUGGCACAGACAUGGCGCACUGCCGGGCCAACCAGUUUUGCGUCAACACCGAGGGGUCCUACGAGUGCCGAGAUUGUGCCAAGGCGUGCAUUGGGUGCAUGGGUGCCGGGCCUUCCCGCUGCAAGAAAUGCAACAAGGGUUAUCGGCGCGAUGGUGUCAAGUGCCUCGAUGUGGAUGAAUGUGCCGGGGACAUGGAAGAGCCCAUAUGCACAGGCGCCAACGAGGCCUGUGAGAACACAGACGGCAGCUACCGGUGUGUCUGCGCAGAGGGACAUGUUCGCAAGGAGGGGAUCUGUGUGGAAGACAAGCCCCCAGAUGCUCCCGAGAAAGGAUUCUUUGACGACAUCACGGACGACGAGGUGGUUGUGCUGCAGCAGAUGUUCUUUGGUGCCAUCAUCUGUGCGCUGGCCACCCUAGCUGCGAAAGGAGACAUGGUCUUCACCGCCAUUUUCAUUGGUGCCGUGGCCGCUAUGGCUGGCUACUGGCUGUCUGAGCGCAGUGACCGCGUGCUGGAUGGCUUUAUCAAAGGCAGAUAGUGCACGGGGCCAAGUGAACGUCCCCUUCUGUGUCCUGCCUCAGAGAGCCAGCUGGUGGGCAGAAAUCCCUUGACUUCACCCCUUUAAAAAUCCAGAUUAAAGAGGCAGAAAGGCCAGGCCAUAUCCCACUCUGGGCUGUUGGUAGCCUUGGCCUAGCAUGCUAUGAAGGUAGAAAGGGGACAUGAGAGGAAAUGUGCUCUGCAGUCCCAGUUUGGCUUGAGAGGAGGGCUCUUGGCAUGACUUCAGAUUGGGGGGGGGGGAGAAGUACUCCUUAAUGGUGCAAGAGGACUGAUCUGGGUCACCAUCGGUGGGGCCUGAAAAACAGGUCCUCGUUACUCUCUGACUGGCCUGGCCCUCACUGCAUGUGGGAUGAUCUCAAAUGUGUCCCUACCCGUGAAUUCCUGUCUCCCCCCCACACUGGUCAACUCAGAUGGACCAGGAAAAAGGUUGUCUCACUGUGGAAAGAAACACGGGGUGGUGGGCUUGGAAUUGCUCCCUGCUGGCUCUUUGAGGGGCUGCCUCUGUGGCUGGGAACCGAUCUACACAUUACGCUGGAGGAAAUGGCAAAAACUGAGACAGUACCAUUCCCGACUGUUAGCACUUUGAAUGCUUCCCCAACCUUAAAAAAAAAAAAAAAAUCUCCAUGCAUUCAAUGAGCCAGCAUCAUCAGCGAGAAUGGUUUAAGGCAUGGCUAGGGAACCUCAAGUUCCUAGUUAUUGGUGAACCCCCAUCAUUCCUGAUCACAGACUCUGCUGGCUGGGGUUGAUGGGUGUCCCACAAUAUCUGGAGAACCACAUGUUCCCUAUCUGAUUCAGGGCAUAACCUUCUCCCUGAUAGGCUAGCUUACUUAAUGCAGGGAGUUUUAUUGGACAGUGGGGAGGGGGAGAGCAUUCAAAGAUAAGGUUCCACUCACCCCUGCCGUCUGAAGUGAUACAGUCCAGAAUUCUAUUUUCCCCGCCCGUCUCUCCUGCCGCCUCCUGCAUAAUGUGUAGAACAGCUCCGGUGCUGCCAAGGGGCAGCGCGUGAGGCAGAGGAAAGCUUGACUGGCACGCAUGCCCAUCCUUGCCCCUUUACAUCUGUCCGCUCAACCAUUUGUCCAUCCAUAUCUCAGGAAAUUAAAGGUCUCUCUGUCCACA